CACGUGGAACUGGAGGCUGGAGCUGUGGUUUCCGAGGCAGACGCGAUGAAGCCCAGGCCCGCAGCGUUCGUAGAUAAAAAGCUAAAGCAGCGAAUCAUCCAGUAUCUUUCUAGUAACAGAUGUGGCAAAUACGUGGACACUGGAUUUUUAGCAUCUGAUUUGCAGAGAAUGUACAGUGUAGAUUAUGGUCGAAGGAAAAAAAAUGCUUUUAGGAUUCAGGUAGAAAAAGUAUUUAACAUAAUUAGUAAUGAGAAAGGACUCAAGGAUCUAACAGAAUUAGAAGAUGAACAUGUAGCAAAAAGAUCAAGACAAGGUGAAGAGGAUAAUGAGUAUACUGAAAGUGAUUCUGAUGAGGAUUCAGAUAUGGAAGAUAACCCAGAUCCACAGUCAGCCAAUCACAUGAACAGUUCCCUGCUCUCCUUGUAUCGUAAAGGAAAUCCUGAUUCUGUUUCAAAUACUCCUGAAAUGGAACAAAAAGAAACCACCACUUCAACACCACGGCUAAUUUCCAAAACAGGCUCAAUUCCUUUGAAGACCUCUGAAGGAGGAUGGUUUAUUGACAAAACUCCAGGUGGAAAGACAGAUGAUUUUUUCUUGGACCUAUCAGAUGACAGAAAUAAUCAUAAGAAGCCAAUAUCUGAGAUACAGGAUUCAAAAGAUUCCUCUUUGCUGGAGAGUGAUAAAAAAUGGAAAGGCAGGUUAAAGAACAAAGGAAGCAAAAGGAAGAAAGAAGAUCUUCAGGAAGUGGAUGGAAAACUAGAAACUGUCUUGGAAAAGAAAGCUAAAGCCAGGGGACUCGAAUUACAGCUCUCCAAUGUGAAGUUUGAAGAUGUUGGAGGCAAUGAUAAGACACUAAAGGAAAUCUGCAAGAUGCUUAUACAUAUGCGUCACCCAGAGGUGUACCACCAUCUGGGUGUCAUCCCUCCUCGUGGAGUUCUCCUUCAUGGGCCACCUGGCUGUGGGAAGACGUUACUUGCAAAUGCAAUUGCUGGAGAACUUGACCUGCCAAUUCUGAAAGUAGCUUCUACGGAGAUUGUAUCUGGAGUGUCUGGAGAAUCUGAACAGAAGCUUAGAGAACUAUUUGACCUAGCUGUGUCAAAUGCACCAUGCAUCUUUUUUAUCGAUGAAAUUGAUGCUAUUACUCCUAAAAGAGAAGUUGCUUCAAAAGAUAUGGAACGAAGAAUUGUAGCCCAGCUCCUUACCUGCAUGGAUGAUAUGAACAACACGGCUACUACAGCUCGGGUCCUAGUCAUUGGAGCUACUAACCGACCAGACUCAUUAGACCCUGCUUUGAGACGUGCAGGAAGGUUUGACCGAGAAAUAUGCCUAGGUAUCCCAGAUGAAGCAUCCAGGGAAAGAAUACUUCAGACUUUGUGCAGGAAACUAAGACUUCCUGAAAGUUUUCAUUUUCGUCAUUUGGCACACCUAACACCAGGCUUUGUUGGUGCUGAUCUGAUGGCACUCUGCCGAGAGGCAGCCAUGUGUGCAGUCAACAGGGUCUUGAUGAAAUUACAGGAACAGCAAGAGACAGAUCUUAAGAUCGAAGGCUUGCCUGCUGCUGAAUGCCAAGAAGAAAGGAUAGGAACUGAGCACGCUUCUAAAACACAGGAUGAAUUGCAAAGGCUGUUGGGGUUGCUAAGAGACCAAGAUCCCCUCUCAGAGGAACAGCUGCAAGGGCUGUGCAUUGAAUUGAAUGAUUUUAUUGUUGCUCUAGCCUCAGUCCAACCCUCUGCCAAAAGAGAAGGCUUUGUCACUGUCCCUAAUGUGACAUGGGCAGAUAUUGGCGCCCUGGAAGAUAUUAGAGAGGAGCUUACCAUGGCAAUAUUGGCACCAGUACGUAACCCAGGUCAGUUCAAAGCUCUUGGAUUAGUAACUCCAGCUGGGGUCCUUCUUGCUGGUCCUCCUGGCUGUGGUAAAACUCUCCUGGCAAAGGCUAUAGCAAAUGAAUCUGGACUGAACUUUAUAUCUGUAAAGGGUCCUGAAUUAUUAAAUAUGUAUGUGGGUGAGAGUGAACGUGCUGUGAGGGAGGUUUUUCAACGAGCCAAGAACUCAGCACCCUGUGUGAUAUUCUUUGAUGAAGUGGAUGCCUUAUGCCCCCGAAGAUCAGACCGAGAGGCAGGGGCAAGUGUCCGAGUGGUGAAUCAGCUACUUACAGAGAUGGAUGGUCUGGAAACACGGCAGCAGGUUUUCAUUAUGGCAGCCACUAACAGGCCAGAUAUUAUUGACCCUGCAAUCCUGCGCCCCGGCCGGCUAGAUAAAACACUCUUUGUGGGUUUGCCACCCCCAGCAGAUCGUCUUGCCAUCUUAAAAACUAUCACAAAAAAUGGUACUAAACCCCCACUGGAUACAGAUGUAAAUUUGGAAGCAAUUGCUAAUGACCUCCGCUGUGAUUGCUAUACGGGUGCAGAUCUCUCUGCUUUGGUGCGGGAAGCUUCUCUCUGUGCCCUGAGACAGGAAAUGGCAAGACAGAAGAGUGGAAAUGAAAAAGGUGAACUCAAGAUUAGUCUUAAACACUUUGAGGAAGCUUUCAAGAAAGUAAAACCAUCUAUAUCAAAAAAGGUAAGAAAUGCUCUUAAAUGUGCAAAGAAAAUUGAGUAG